AUGAAUCUUCGUGCAUUCAUUUCGUGCUUAGGCGAUACUAUUGCUAUUGCCGUCUUGAUUAGUGGACUUCUACUUGGCUUGAUACACGAAUCAACAGCCUUACCAACAGAAACCUCUGGAAAGGAUGGAGAGAUAAUUUUCUCUAGUAUUUGGACUGCGAACAGUCCAAAAUUCUCUCGCACAUCGCAGCAAUCGGAAAAAGAGUUUCAUUAUCAAGCCAUUGAAGUAAAUGUUCCAGUCACGGGCACUUAUACGUUCACAAGUAAAAGUCUGACCAACGCUUAUGGUUAUAUCUACGACAAUAGUUUCGAUCCUACGAAUACUAAUUUAAAUCUAAUUGCACAAGAUGAUGAUAGCAAUGGCAAAGGACAAUUCAAACUUACUGCUCUGCUCCAUCCGGAUCACCGAUAUAUUUUGGUUGCCACAACCAACAUCCCGGAAGCCACUGGCAAAUUUUCGAUUAUCUCGUCCGGUCCCACGGCAGUCAAUGUACUCUACAAAGUCGACAAUAUUUCGACUAUAUAUUCGAGCGCAUUAUCGUUCAGUAGUCAAGUAUUUCAUCGGCCCGAUGGUGAUGACGAUGAGUUUUACUACUUUCAAGCUAUACAGAUUGGAGUGUCUCUGGAUGGUACUUACACAUUUACGAGCAGUAGCAAUAUUGACACUAUGGGCUACUUUUACAAUUCACCCUUUGAUCCAUCCAAUCCAACGGCGAACUUAAUCACUGAUGAUGAUGACGGUGGUGAAGACCAGCAAUUUCAAAUAGACGUAUAUCUGCGAGCUGGACAAACCUAUGUACUUGUGGUUACAACACAUGAAGAAUUUAUGACAGGAAGUUUCUCUGUUUCUACCUUUGGUCCGGCUUCAGUCAGCAUUAUGUCCAUCAUUCCAUCAACAAGUCAACCAAUACUACUAUCGUCUACUCUGCCUACUGUGACAUCAUCUUAUUCGAGUGCACUGUCAGCUAGUAGCCAAGUAUUUCACCGACCCGAUGGUGAUGACGAUUCGCCCUACUAUUUCGAAGCUAUACAGGUUGUCGUACCUACUUCUGGCACUUAUUUUUUCACAAGUGACAGUACCAUUGACACCAUCGGCUACUUUUACAGUUCCCCUUUCGAUCCAUCCAAUCCAUCGAUGAAUUUGAUCAUGGAAGAUAAUGAUAGCGGCGAUAUUCCUUUACAAUUCCGCAUCCGCGUUUAUCUCGAAUCUGGCCGUACCUAUGUUCUUGUGGUUACAACACAUUGGGACUCGUCUACAGGAAGUUUCUCUGUAUCUGCCUUCGGCCCAGGUCCUCUCAGUCUUGUGUCCAUCACUCCAUCAACAAGUCAACCGAUAGCGACAUCAACUGCUGCGCCUACGAUAACAUCAUUGUACUCAGGCGAACUUGCGGGAACCAGUCAAGUAUUUUAUCGACCUGAAAGUCAAAAAGAUAAAUACUACUACUUUCAAGCUUUACAAUUUACAAUUUCUACUGCUGGUAUUUAUAAAUUUACAAGCGUAAGCAACAUGGACACGGUGGGUUACUUUUACGAGUCAACUUUUGACCCGUCGAAUCCAUUGAUGAAUCUUGUCACGAAUGACGAUGAUGGUGAUGACGACUUCCAAUUUCUCAUUGAGGUCUAUCUUCAAGCGGGGCAAACCUACAUUCUUGUAGUUACGACACAUUCGGGAUAUACUAAAGGAACAUUCUCUGUUAAAGCUGUUGGACCCGUAUCCAUCAAUCUCGGUUCAAUCAUCGCAUCAACGAGUCGGCCAAUAGUCAUACAAUCCACUACGCCUACUGUAACAUCAACAUAUGGAAGUGCGCUAACAUUUAGUAGUCCAGUCUAUGAUAGACCUGAAGGUAAUGUUGAUUAUUACUAUUAUUUUCAAGCGAUACAAGUCACUACAUCCACCGCUGGCACUUACAUUUUCACAAGCAAAAGUGAUAUUGAUGCCAGAGGUUAUUUUUAUAUCAAUUCUUUUGAUCCAUCUGAUCCGAUGGCAAAUUUGAUUACCGAGGAUGAUGAUAGCGGUUCUCAAUUCCAGUUUCGUAUCCAAGUUUAUCUUCGACCCGGAAUCACGUAUGUUCUCGUAAUGACUACUCAUAGAGAGCAUGCGAUCGGCAAUUUUUCGAUCACAUCAGCUGGUCCAGUAUCGGUUAGUUUUAUACCAAUCACUGCAUCCACAAGUCGACCGAUAGUAACGCCAUCUACUGCAAUGCCUGUACCAUCGACUUAUGCCGGUGCAUUAACUCCGAACAGUCCAUUUUUCUUUCGGCCUCUAAAUUUCGUAAAUGAUUUCUGUUAUUUUCAAGCAUUGCAAGUCGCGGUAUCUACACCUGGCAUUUACAUAUUCACAAGCAAUAGCUCAAUGGACACACGAGGUUAUUUCUAUCAGAAGUCUUUCGAUCCAUCUGAUCCGACAGUAAAUUUGAUCGCGGAUAAUGAUGAUGGUGGCAGUGGCUUACAGUUUCGCAUUCAAGUUUAUUUGCAACCUGGAAAAGCUUACGUUCUUGUGGCCACAACACAUAGACAUCAAAUCACCGGAGAUUUCACAAUCUUAGGCGUCGGUCCAGCGUUUGCUAGUCUUACGCCGAUUGUACCGCCAACGAGUCGGCCUAUAACAACAGUUUAUUUGCAACCUGGAAAAGCUUACGUUCUUGUGGCCACAACACAUAGACAUCAAAUCACCGGAGAUUUCACAAUCUUAGGCGUCGGUCCAGCGUUUGCUAGUCUUACGCCGAUUGUACCGCCAACGAGUCGGCCUAUAACAACAGAGGCGUCAACACCCGGCUAUUCAGCCUCAUUUAUGGGUGAACUAUCAGCUAGCAGUUUAAUAUUUUAUCGUCCCCAGAGUAUUUUCGACAGUUAUUAUUAUUUUGAGGCUAUCCAAGUUACCGUACCUAUCAAUGGUACUUAUUUUUUCAGAAGCAACAGUUCCAUCGAUACUAGAGGAUACUUUUACGAAAACUCAUUUGAUCCAUCAAAUGCAACAGUGAACUUGAUCGCUGACAAUGAUGAUAGUGGCGGUAGUUCGCAAUUUCUUAUUCAAGUUAAAAUCCAAGCCGGAAAAGUAUACAUCCUUGUGGCCACAACGCACAGGGUACAAGUUAUGGGAAAGUACUCCAUCUUAGCUUCCGGACCAGCCCUCGCUACUCUUACAUCUUUCACACCAUCAACAAGUAGACCUAUUACGAUGCCAUCCACAACGAUCUCGAUACCAUCGUCCAUUGGAGGUUCACUGUCAUCCAGUAGUCUGACUUUUUCUCGACCUGGAGAUAGCACACAACGUCGUUUCUAUUUUCAAACUUUUCAAGCCACUGUAUCUACGGCUGGUACUUAUACCUUUAGAAGUAAUAGUUCAAUAGAUACCAGAGGAUAUUUUUACAAUAAUACCUUCUCGCCAUACAACGUGACAGCAAAUUUGAUUACUGAUAAUGAUGAUGGUGGUGGCAGUUUGCAGUUUCGUAUCGAAGUCUACUUACGAGUGGGUCAACCAUAUAUUCUAGUGGUCACAACGCAUAGAGAAAACGUCACAGGAGAUUUCAUAGUAAUCACCGGUGGUCCCGCUGCCGUUAAUCUUGUAGCUAUAAUACCGCCAACAACGACAUCGACAACAACAGUAACUACUAUACCUUCUUUAUUGUCAUAUUAUCUCAACGCAUUGUUACCCAUUAGUCCAAUACUAUAUCGACCAAACGGUGACAGCAAAGGCUACUACUAUCAUGCUAUGGAUAUCACUGUAUUCACAAGUGCUACUUACUCAUUCAGUGUCACUUCUUCUAUCGGUACUAUGAGCUAUCUGUUUGAUACUUCUUUUGAUCCAUCAAACCUAUCGACGAAUUUGAUCAGUAUGGAUGAUAAUAGUCUUGCUAAUAGAGAAGUCCGCAUGGGUGUUUCUCUUCAAUCUGGACGCAAGUACAUUCUCGUCGUUACGAAUGUUCAACCAUCUAUCACGGGAAUGUUCUGGGUAUCAGUUCAUGGUCCUAAUACAGUUUUCAUAACAUCAAUCAUGCCAUCGACAGCUGCUCCAGUAACCAAUCCGGGUGAGGUGACUCCAGGUAUCACGACCACUACUGUUAAAUCAUCGGCAUCAAUCAAAACUGGCACCAUGGCUGCUUCCGGACCAGCCCUCGUUACUCUUACAUCUUUCACACCAUCAACAAGUAGACCUAUUACGAUGCCACCCACAACGAUCUCGAUACCAUCGUCCAUUGGAGGUUCACUCUCAUCGAGUAGUCUGCCCUUUUCUCGACCUGGAGAUAGCACACAACGUCGUUUCUAUUUUCAAACUUUUCAAGCCACUGUAUCUACCGCUGGUACUUAUACCUUCAGAAGUAAUAGUUCAAUGGAUACCAGAGGAUAUUUUUACAAUAAUACCUUCUCGCCAUACAACGCGACAGCAAAUUUGAUUACUGAUAAUGAUGAUGGUGGUGGCAGUUUGCAGUUUCGUAUCGAAGUCUACUUACGAGUGGGUCAACCAUAUAUUCUAGUGGUCACAACGCAUAGAGAAAACGUGACAGGAGAUUUCGUAGUAAUCACCGGUGGUCCCGCUGUCGUUAAUCUUGUAGCGAUAACACCGCCAACAACGACAUCAACAACAACAGUAACUACUAUACCUUCUUUAUUGUCAUAUUAUCUCAACGCAUUGUUACCCAUUAGCCCAAUACUAUAUCGACCAAAUGGUGACAGUAAAGGCUACUACUAUCAUGCUAUGGAUAUCACUGUGUUCACAAGUGGUACUUACUCCUUCAGUGUCACUUCUUCUAUCGGUACUAUGAGCUAUCUGUUUGAUACUUCUUUUGAUCCGUCAAACCUGUCGACGAAUUUGAUCAGCAUGGAUGAUAAUAGCCUUGCUAAUAGAGAAGCCCGCAUGGGUGUUUCUCUUCAAUCUGGACGCAAGUACAUUCUCGUCGUUACGAACGUUCAACCAUCUAUCACGGGAAUGUUCUGGGUAUCAGUUCAUGGUCCUAAUACAGUUUUCAUAACAUCAAUCAUGCCAUCGACAGCUGCUCCAGUAACCAAUCCGGGUGAGGUGACUCCAGGUAUCACGACCACUACUGUUAAAUCAUCGGCAUCAAUCAAAACUGGCACCAUGGCUGCCGUGUGUAUUCUGAUCAUGCCAAUAUUGCAACUAAUUCAAGUGCGUUGA